CCGGAAGGCUUCAAUAUCCUGACUUGCAUAGGUGGCUAUGGCCAUGGCAUAAUGCAAUUGACCAACUUGGGCAUUGAGCUGGCUUAUGAUCCAGGAGUUAUGGUUAGCUAUUCUGGCCGGCUCGUGAGGCACGGCGUUCAGGUUGCCGAGGGAGACAGAAUCGUCUGGGCUUGGUUUAUGCGCGAUAGUGUGCAUAAUUAUGCU